CGCCAUCUGAACAGACGGUCAGAACGUGUGCACGGAUCCCGAUCGUUGGGACCGACAAGUAACGCUGUUUUCCCGCUGGCAGUUGGCCCAGUGACGACUGUCAACUUGCCCUCAGGGAACCUGACGGUGACGUCGCUGAGCUCGAACUUCCGAGCGGCGCUGUCACCAACGACGGUAUGCAAGUCCGUGACACUAGAUGCCGCUGACUGGAUCGGCGUCGUUUCCGAUUCGACGCUGUUCCAUUGCAGAGUAGCGCCAACCAGUCCGAGGCCUGUUUCCCCAUCGGUAGGCUCCGAUCCGUGUUUGAGCGAGGAUACUUGCUCGGACACCUCGUCUUCUUGCAGAUAAACAGCGAUACGGUUCAGAGCCACGCCAGCUUGUACGAAUUGGACAAUUUGGGAUGGGAAAGCUGCAAAUGAUCAAUACGCCACGUGACUCGAGAGAGAGUUGAUUAAAUUUACUGACCGUUCAAAGGCUGGCGGAUCAUCGUGAAGAGGGCUAUGGCCGUGAAAGCCUUUCCGGCUGUCAACUCGUUCCCAAUCCAGACGUAUACCAAGAAAGACGUCAGGGAAAGCGAAACGGGGACGAAAAUCCAUAUGGCCGCACCCGCUAAAGAAAACCGAGUUCAUCCGGGCUAUGCUUGCGUUGAGGCCACUCUUCUGCUCUCGCCGAUAGAACGCGGCCGAUCCACUGUUCCUCCCACGCGAAAAAUUUGAUGAACUUGACGCUCCCGAUGAGCUCGUCGACCACCGCCAUCCGCUUGUCCGUCGCCUUCGAACGCUCUUGCGAAGAACGCCGCAAAACCCGUGAAGGCACU